AGCUUUGCAAAUUUUCGAAAGAAAAUCUCGAUCAUAGACCAUAGCUAUUGAGCUAUUUAUUCAUUGUUUUAAUAACUAUCAUAUACCUAAUUGUUUAAAAAAUAGGGCUUAAAUAAAGAUAACGUUUCCUAUUUCGUUGUUAUGUGCGAUGAAAUGUCGUUAACUAUAAAUAGACUUAGCUUGCAUUAGUUCGUAGAUUUGUCUGAUUGUGAUGGUAUAUCAGACAUAUUGAAGAAUAUUCGUAAAAAUGGGGAGAAGAGAGGAACCGACCUGGGCGCAAGGCACCGUGGGCCUAACAGCAGCCCGGGAGCGAGGGGACAUCGAUCGAAAAUUCCAAAACCGUUUGACUGUUACCAGAAAUAUGAUAGACAGAUUAGGACUAGAAAAAGAACUGCACGGACAUAUGGGAUGUGUUAAUUGUCUAGAAUGGAACAGCGAUGGGUCUGUACUGGCGUCGGCGUCUGAUGAUCUACACGUUAUACUGUGGGAUCCAUAUCGAUAUAAACAAAUCCACAACAUCUCCACUGGCCAUACCGGCAAUAUAUUCUCAGUUAAGUUCCUUUCCCCGGAUUCGCUGGCGACAUGCGCAGCGGACGGGUCGGUGCGCGCGCGCAACGUUGAUUCGGGUGCGUCGCUGUUGGAGUGCGCGUGCCACUGCGGCCGCGUCAAGCGCCUGGCCGUGGCGCCGGACAGGCCGCACAUGCUGUGGUCUGCCGGCGAGGACGGGCUCGUGCUCCAACACGACCUUCGAGCCCCGCACCGCUGUAACUCAGACUCAGCCAAUGUCCUCGUAAACCUGCUCAACCACAUGGGUCGCUAUGCCGAAGCCAAGUGCCUCGCCGUAAACCCCAGGAGGCCCUACCAGUUGGCUGUAGGUGCCAACGAUUUCUACGUUCGUCUCUAUGAUACGAGAAUGAUCAAGUUGGCAAGAUUACAGGAGUUGCAGGGGGGCGCCGCGCCGGCCCGCCUGGCGUGGGAGCGGCAGACCGUGCGCUGCUCGCGCGCCGGCAACGGAGACCCCGACGACAACAUACCGCGCGCCGCCGUGCAGUACUUCGCCCCCGGUCACCUAUCAAUGGAGCCUAAUGAGCACACUUUCCCAAAAAAAUCCACCACAUAUGUGGCAUUCAGUAACAAUGGCAAUGAGCUGCUCGUCAACCUGGGCUCAGAACAGGUGUACCUGUUCGACAUCAACACGGCGCGCCGGCCCGUGCUGGUGGAGAGCUUCAUCAUCCAGCACAACCACGGGUACCGCGAGGGCGAGGGCAAGCCGGCGCGCGUGGGCGGCGACGGCGCCAACGGCACCCUGGAGACCCCGGCGCUGCCCGAGCGCGUGCGGCAGCUCAAGGAGAUGGCGAACGAGCACGUCAACAAGGGCAACUACACCAACGCCGUGGAGCUCUACAGCCGCGCGCUGGCGGAGUGGCCGCGCUGCGCUGUGCUGCACUCCAACCGCGCCGCCGCGCUCAUGCGCCGCGCCUGGUCGGGCGACACGUACGCCGCUAUCCGCGACUGCUACAAGGCGAUCAGGCUGGACGCCAACCACGUGAAGUCCCACUUCCGGCUCGCGAAAGGCCUGAUGGACCUGAAGCGGGCUCGCGAGGCGCACGAGUGUCUGCUCUACUUCAAGGACAAGUUCCCUAAGCACGCGGAGAGCCAUGCUGUGUUUCUGCUGCAAAAAGACAUCAACGUGGCGCUGGAGACGAUGGAGACUCAGCCGGACGAAGGUACUACGGAAGAGGAUGGCCAGUCCGGCAGCGCUCUGGAGCGACAGCUGCGCAGUUCGGCCCUGGACUACAAGUGCCGGUUCCUGGGUCACUGUAACACGACCACUGAUAUCAAGGAAGCUAAUUUCUUAGGACCAGAAUCUAACUUCGUGGCUGCUGGUUCAGACGACGGUAGCAUGUUUAUCUGGUGUCGUAAGUCCGGCAACAUCGUGCGCUGUCUGCGCGGGGACGAGUCCAUCGUGAACUGCGUGCAGCUGCACCCGAGCAUGUUCCUGCUGGCAACCAGCGGUAUCGAGGCUGUCGUCCGACUCUGGAGUCCGAGACCUGAGGACGGAAUGGGCGAGGCGCGCGUGGUCCCGGAGGCGAGCGCGGCGGCCGCCGCCAACCAGCAGCGCAUGCGCAGCGACCCCUUCGAGGCCAUGCUGCUCAACAUCAGCUUCGCCGGCGGCGCCGAGCGCGACCUCCACUCGCCCGCUUGCCGCGCCACGUAAGGUGAUGCCGUGCCGAGUCCUUGGAUUGAUUCGCACGUUCGUCAAGAAGUCAUUUUGUAAAUAUAAUUAUUAUAUAAUAUUACUUUUUUCAUCUUAUUAUUUCUGCUCUCGUUAAAAUGACAUAUUUUGUUUAAAAUAUUUGUUUAAACCAUAAAAGGUGCCAAGUUUUUUUUUUAAUUCUAAUACGAUUUAUAAUCCUCGUGACGAUUCCACAAAUAAUAUACUUCGUAUGUAUAGUGAUUACAUUUUUUUUUUAAUUAUAUGUAUGUCUAUAAAAAUAUAUCGCAAAUUAAGUAUGUCAUUUGCAUAAUAGUAAGCUACUAAACAUUGUAAAUAUUAAAAUAAUUUUAUAAUUAUAAAAUCAUUAAUCUGAUAAAUUCUGUUAAUCAUUUAAUGAUAGAAAUGAAGGACGCUGAUUUGACGCUUUUUUUAUUCACAAUCUCUGUAUUACAAUAAUUUAAUGAUUUAUUGAAUGUUGCUAUCUCUUUCUCGCAUAUCGCCACUGUCAGUGUAAAAGGUCGUAAAUUUAAUGUCCAACAUACCUAUAGUUGGUAGCAGCUUUGUGGAAGCCCGUCCGGGGAGGUACCACCCACGCAGCAAUACUUAGUAUUGUCGUGUUCAAGGGUGAGUGAGCCAGAGUAAAUACAGGCAAGGGACAAAAUCGUAGAGCCCAACGUUCGUGACGGAUUGACCAUGUAAGGUAUGGUUAAUAUUUCUUUCAAAGCCAAUGUCUAUGGGCGGGAGUACCCACUUAUCAUCAGGUAGCUCAUUUGCCAGUCUGUCUAUCUACCUUUAUUUAAAAAUAAAAAUUAUUCACAAACAAUACUUUAGUCGGUGUGGAAGCAGCAUUAUGUUAUUUCUGAUAGCGUUCGUUGUGUCCGGUAUUUUCAUUCGCAGAAAUUUUUUCGAGUUAUUCGCUAUGCGAACGCACUGCGGCGAAUGCCUCGCUGCGAUUGGUCCAUUUGAGUAGCUAAGUUUUUUUCGGUAAAUGUUCGGCGUAUGAGUGAAAUGGUAAUUAAUUCGUGGGAUGAAUAAAUAGGAUUGUUUAUAAUGUGAUUAAUGUUAUGUGCGUUACAUAAUUGUGAAAUAUCGUAAAAUGGGAUUCCUCUUAUGGUAUUCUUUUCUAAAAAAUUGUCACGUCGUCAUUUUACACGGAAACUCUGCGAUGCGUUGUUCAACUGUCGAGAUACUUAGGACUGUCUAGAACUAUAGAAGCUUAGAGAUACUUUACCUAGCGUCCCUUUUACGAGGGCGUAUCUUUCCUCGCCGCAGUAUUGCUUGUGAACUGAAAUUGCGGAUCUAAUUUGUUCGGAGGCACUAUGAGUUCUCAUAGAAUUGUUUGCGAUUACUGGCCUUAGAGUAUAUAUCAGUUAUCAUGGAAACGGUACAGGGAAAAAUAUUAAUAUUCUAAUAAUAAAAACGUAAGGUAGGUCAGUUUCUAUGAUUAUUUCUAAAGUUAUCAUAUUUUACGACCUUUUCACCAACAGUAACGAUAUGGGCUCAUUAAGAUUCUUUUAUCUGAUUCAAAAAAUAAUAGCAUCGACUUUUCACUAUAUUGUGGCCUUAGCGGUCUUUAGGAUUCGGUAGGGUAAGCAAAACAAAUAUAUAUUUUUUAUAAAUAUUUAAUAAUGAAAACGUUUUAAUGUGCACCUUCAACUUUUUUCGUCAUCAUCUUCUGCCAUUAUCAUAGAUGCUGCUUCCCCCCUUGAUGUAUGUACUUGUAUAUAUUUUCCGUAUAACAAUGAAAAUAAGUAAAAAUAAAACAUACAAUAUUUGUAAAAUUACUUUGUCAAGUUAUUAUUGUUAAAACUUAAAAUACCUUAAAAAUAUAUAUUUGUUUUUGCAAACUGUACUUUUUAGGUGUCAUUGUUUUUGAUAUUAUUAUUCGUAUCGUAUAAUAGCAGUAAUUUUACUUUAGAGUUUGUAAACGAGGGUCAGCAGCGAAAUUGUCACCUUAGUGAAUUGCCUUAAAAGAAAUCGUGAUUUAAGAAACGUGAAUUGUUAAAUGAAUACUAUGGGUUAGUUUUUCGUUAUGAAUAAACUUUUAUAAUUGUAUAACAAUAUUCUUUCAUUAAACAAAACUUUGCUAUUUUAAGAAAUAAGUUUUCAUAUCAAAUAGUUUUUGUUUUUCACAGUUCGAGUAUUUGUCUCUUUGUUGUUUUUUUUACAAACUCUGCUAAGCCUUGAGGCCAAACCAGAAUGAUUCGACCUUAGUCCGUAGCUGUAAGCGUUAGUCGAGACAUCUCAAGUUCGCAACUUGGAGUUUGCUCCGUGCGUUCAAAACGAGAUAAACCUUUAUAUAUAUAAUGACUUAUUAUAAAUGAAAUUGUAAAGUCAGUAUAAAUAGUCUAUAGAAUUUAAUUUAAAAAAAUUAUAAUCUAUGAAAUACUUGGUAGGAAUAUGUUUUAUUGUCUAUGGAUCGAGCACAUCCGUGCAGUCAAAGCCGUGAUAAAGCGAAGCGAUCAAGCGCGUACUUUUUUUUUGUAGUUAUCACGCUUGGUCGCAUGUGUGGCCGUAGCGUUAGGUGAUUCCGCUUCGCUUGAGUGCGCGGGUGUGUUCGCUCACUGCAGGAUUGGUUAUAAUUUUGUAUGAUCAUAUUUAGAACGACUAGGCGAGACAUUGUCGCGGCUUUUUUUUAAUGAUUCUUAUUGAAAUAUAAACGAAAUCCUAGUAAAAAAAUCUGUUUGUAUAAUUUCUAGUGUAUUAUUUUUAAUCCACAAAAAAGUUUAAUGUUAGUAGUGAUGUUUUUGUAACUAUGCGAUCUGGUCUGAUGUGGUUCCCAUAAAUUAAAUAUAUAGUUAAGAAUGGUUGAUCAGCGUAGCGGCGUUGGGGAGGUGUACAAAUCGUGAGCAAGUUUUGAAGAUUGAGCUUCAUCAAAUAUUAUAACAUUUAAUUUUUGUAACAAGAAAUGAGUCCCAAAAACUUUUUUAUUACAUUAUAUAUUAUUAUAUAUACUAUUUCAAAUGAGCUUAACAAAAAAAAAAAAAAAAUCCAUUCUGUCUCCAUUUUAAUCGUAAGUAACUUUGAAAAGGUUAAUUUCGAUUAUGUAAAAUUUGAAAUUUAUGCCAUCAUUACUUUGUCAACAAAAAAAAAGCACCUCAACCCGUAUAAUAUAUAAAACAUCCCACAUAAACUUGAAAGUCCCUUAGCGGAUGUACCAAAAUGGAGAUCCGAAGGGUUCGGUUCAGACACCGUGUCAAAAAUAUGUAUAUUAUCAAAAUUUAAUAUAGGUUAACAAUGUAACAUAGGAUUAAAUUUCCAGGCUGUUAUUUUCAUAUACAUAAGUCAUGUUUAAAUUUACCUGGGAAAUUGUAAGUUAAUAUAAAACCAUGUAAUAGGUAUAUGUUUAAAACAUUAGAUAGUGUGUAUGACAAUGGAGCAUGUAAAGGGUGCAGUCGAGGAAACAUAAAGAAUGUUGCCAAAUUUUUUCUUUUCAUAAAAAAUAAAUAAAAUAGAAAUGUAAUCAUUCAUCAUCAUGCUGCAGUUCCACUCGAUAAGCUCCUGUUAUAUAGUAAACAUAUUUUAUAUAAUGUACUUUACUUAAUACACAUGUGAAAAAUUUAAUUUUAAAUAAAGUUUUAUAUGGCAAUACUGAACAAUUUAUCAUCAGCACUAAGAUUGGGGCAAAACUUUAGCUCAAUCGGUUGAGUUGAAUGGCUUUAAAAUGACCCACUCAUAUUUAAUGGAGAUCUUAUAUUAUAUUAUUUACGAAAUAAAGUCAUGUUUCCUUAGUACAUUAAUCUUGUUUUUAUUGUAAGUAUUUGUGGUUCAAAGUUCUUACUUUUUUUAUUAUGAUUUCCCGAAUAAUAAUGUUGCCCUAAUGGAAUUUAUUUAUAUUUAAUAUUGAAUAUAAAUUCCUUAAAAAUAUGAGUCACAAUUAAUUUUGCUAAUAGAUCUAAAAUGUAUCAGUUUGUUUGUUUGUCAUUUCCUUGGGCAAAAGUAUAAUAUUGUUAAUUACUUUUUGAAUAAUUGGUAUUUAUCUCAUAUCAAAUGCACGUUUCCUCGACUGUAAAAGUGGGACUGAGUGACCUGUAUGGCGGGAGCGCUUUGUCAACCUUCGCGUUUUGUAAGAGAGUUCGUGGAUAUUUUUUUUAACUAAUAGAUGUUGAUAAUAAAUUAAAAAUUUGUUAGUA